AUGCUUUCGAGAAGAUUCUUUUCAACAGGCUCCGUUCUAUCAAAGAUCAAGGUGAAAAAUCCCGUUGUGGAACUGGACGGUGAUGAGAUGACCCGUAUCAUCUGGGAUAGGAUCAAGAACAGGCUCAUCUUGCCCUACGUGGACGUCGAUCUGAAAUACUAUGACUUAUCAGUGACAUCACGUGACGCAACCCAGGAUAAGAUUACUGUUGAUGCUGCCAAUGCCAUCAAGAAGUAUGGGGUCGGUAUCAAAUGUGCUACUAUCACGCCGGAUGAGGCUCGUGUCAAGGAGUUUAACUUGAGCCAGAUGUGGAAAUCUCCAAACGGAACUAUCAGAAACAUUCUUGGCGGAACCGUUUUCCGUGAGCCAAUUGUGAUCCCCAGGAUCCCCCGUCUGGUGCCAGGCUGGGAGAAGCCUAUUAUCAUCGGUAGACAUGCGCAUGCUGACCAGUACAAGGCCACCGAUGCGGUUAUUCCUGGUCCGGGAAAGCUGGAAUUGGUUUACAAGCCAGCGGAUGGUUCCGAGCCUAAGACAAUGGAAGUCUACGACUACAAGGGUGCCGGAGUCGCCCUAGCUAUGUACAAUACCGAUGAGUCUAUCCGCGGUUUUGCGCACGCAUCUUUUAAACUGGCUUUGAACAAGAGAUUAAAUUUAUUCUUGUCCACCAAGAACACCAUCUUAAAGAAGUACGAUGGUAGGUUCAAGGACAUCUUCCAGGAGUUGUUCGAUGCUGAGUACAAGUCUCAAUUUGAGGCUGCCGGCAUCUCUUAUGAGCACCGUCUGAUCGACGAUAUGGUUGCUCAGAUGAUCAAAUCGAAGGGUGGGUUCAUCAUGGCGUUGAAGAACUACGACGGUGACGUCCAAUCCGACAUCGUCGCCCAAGGUUUCGGUUCUUUGGGAUUGAUGACUUCAGUUUUGGUCACCCCAGAUGGUAAGACGUUUGAAAGUGAGGCUGCACACGGUACGGUCACCAGACACUACAGACAGCACCAACAAGGAAAGGAAACCUCCACGAACUCCAUCGCCUCCAUUUUCGCAUGGACCAGAGGUCUCGCCAAAAGGGGCGAGCUGGACAACACGCCAGAGGUCGUCAACUUCGCCAACCUGUUGGAAGCGGCCACCUUGAACACCGUCCAGGAAGACGGUAUCAUGACAAAGGAUCUCGCCUUCGCCUGCGGCAGGACUGAUAGAGACUCCUACGUGAACACCAACCAAUUUUUGGAAGCCGUCGAGAAGAGAUUGCAGAAGGAGAUCAAUUCCGUUGAGUAG